GUGAUGUGGUGAUCGUUUACACAGAUUGGAGGAAACUAGUUACCCCAGAGCUGGUGAUUUUAAGUGGUUCUCAGCUAUGGAUAAACUAAAAUCGGUUUUAAGUGGAGAAGAGGCUCGAAGAGACGAUCGAACGAUCUUAGAGUUCUCUUUUCAGACUGUGAAUGAAGCCACCAGUUUGGGCUGGGGCACGCGUGUGAAGGGAUUCGUCGCCUGUUUUGUGGUGGGGGGAGCUUGCACAGUCCUGGGGGUUUGUAUGCUCUUUCUCCCCAGGGUUGGGCUCACUCUCUUCAUUGUGUUUUAUACUUUUGGAAACAUAUGUGUACUGUGCAGUACAAUGUUUCUGAUGGGGCCAGUGAAGCAGCUGAAGAGGAUGUGUGACAAAACGAGAGCGCUGGCUACAACAAUUAUGAUUACAUGCCUUGUGUUGACUCUGUGUGCAGCCUUCUGGUGGAAGAACUUUGGACUUGCUUUACUGUUUUGCAUCUUGCAAAUUUUAUCCUUUUCCUGGUACAGCCUGUCUUAUAUCCCGUUUGUGAGAGAAGCAAUACUGAAGCUCGUGGCCAUGUGCAUCAAAUAAGCCUCAUCUUUGUGAAGAUUUGGGGUGAAUGAAGUGUGUUUCACCAGGUAUCGCUCGGAGUGGUUUUGCAGCAGAGAUUUGGUGACCAGGGCCCGGUUUCAUAAAGCAGUCUAAUCUUGUUUAGUCGAAUAAACUCAGUUGAUUAAUUUUUUGACGUUAGUUGUUGCACAAAGCCCUUAGUCGUCUAAAGUUUUUAAAAGCCUGGUACAGAAGAGGCGAAAACGUCAGUGUCUUACCUCAAAAAAUGGCGGCUAUCAUGUAUCACCACUUGGUGGAACACUCAAGAGCACCCCUUCGUCACUCGUAUUGCUUCAAAAGGAGAGAUUCCUUCACUUGUGGCCAUGGUUGUAGCAGACGACUGUGUGUUUGUGACAGUUCUCACACAAGCCACCGGGUGUCGCAGUUACGAUGAGCAACACUGUGCACAAAAAGUGUUGACGGAAGUGUAGAAACUAUUAGGCUAAGAGCUAAGUACGUCAUUCUGCUGUUUGCAUGGGUACGUAAAUGUUAAUAAAGUCAGUUAACGAAACAAAGGCAACAUAGUUUAUGAGAACCACCAACCCGGAAGUAAACAAAACUGUCGCGCAUUGGAGCCGUCUCUUGGCAACAGCACGCGCCCGUGAAAACCGUAGGCUAAGAUAAGACGGCCAAUCUACAAGUUUAACCGUCGCUGUGAAACUGUGAUUAGGCGGAUAAUGUUGGCGACUAACUGUAGUCGACUAAGAAAGUUUAUUAGACUGAAAGAUUAGACUGCUUUAUGAAACCAGACCCUGGUUUCCUGCCAAUAAACCAAUCACAUUUUAAAGACUUUUAUUUCCAGAAAUGUUUUCACUGCUGUCUUGUUCACUGAGGGGAUUGAUUUUUAAUGUGUGAACUUUACUCCAGUUUUAAUACAUGGGGGUUUAUUUUAUGUGUAAAUAUUUGUAAUAGUACUGAACUUUUGCCUGUGAGAUCUGUCAGAGAUAACAAACUGCUGCGUCCUGCUUCAUAAUUCAGAAAGCACGAAGACACAAGUCCACAGUUCAAAAAUGACAUAAUUAUUUUUAUUGUCAGAAUUGUUGAAUUGUUUUGCAAAUAAUGUGACUCUGCUGAACACAGCAAGUGUCAUGUUCAUGUUUGCUGUCAAUCAGUAUUUCAUGAUCCAUUGAUAAACUGGGUGUGUUUCCCAGUGCACAGAACCUUAAAACACAGAUGCAGCAAUAAUUGAUGCAGUUCUGUAAUAGAUUAUUAUAGAAAAAGCGUGAAGCAUCACAUAAAUAAAAAUGCACGGAUUCACUUUUAAUGGAUUGACUGGAUAUAUGUGGAAACUUUUAUUACCUCUACCAAUGAAGUUGGGUGGAGAUUGUGUUUUCACCCCAGUUUGUUGUUUUGUUUGUCUGGCUGUGAACAGCCUGUAACCCACAAUUUUUUUAUAUGGUUAUGAAUUUUUUUUUUUUAUCAGAGGAUUCAUAUCCUGAUAGGCAAAAAAUUAAAUUUUCAAGGUCAUAGGUCAAAGUCAGGAAAAGUCUUGGAAAAUUCAUAACACUGUCAAAAAGGAUCAAAUUUUAUAAUCUAAUCCGGAUUACAGAUUUUAUGGCUAUUUCAAUUUAUGUCAUUAUUAUGUCUUAAUCAAACAUGCCCCAAUCACUGUCAUAUUUGAAAGUGACGUGUAAACGGGCACUGGCAGUGAAUAGACUUAAGUUUUGGGAACAGAAAUGCUUUUUGAGAAUUUGUUUGUGCAUUCCUUGGUAAAAAUUAAGUGUUAUUCAUACAGUUGCAGAAUGUUUCAGUGCAGCAGCAGCUCGGUUCAGCCCAGCAGCGCAGCUUAACAGCGUAGAUCUGUGUAACUUUCAACACUAAUAUUUGGGAAUGUGUGGGUGUCAGAGUAAGUUGAAUACUUUCCUGACAUGAUUUAAUGUUAAUUAAUUAAUUUAAUUAAUUUUACUGGUUCGAUAUCCAGGUCAGAAUGGCAUUUUAACAAGUAUGUUGCGAGUGUUUUCCUGAGUGUGUUCAGUUGCGAAUCCCCAUUGAAAAUGCAUUAACAUCUGGGAACUUCAUCAAUAUUUUGCCCGGUUAGGA